UAUUAUUAAUAUUAUGAUUAACAAUAUCUUGGAUUUGGUGUCUUGUUUCCAUGGUCAGCCAAAGGGCCAGGUCCUCCACGAUGUGACCCUCCCUCCUUAAAUCUCUCAAUAGUCUUUCCAGACACACCCUCCCGCUACCCUCUGUAAUCGAUGAUUCGGCCUUCCUCCUGCCCUCCCAGCCUUCAGCGUGCAAACGGCUCAGGGAUAGAGUGGAGAGGUCUGGGACGGGCGCGUGCGCAGCAGUGAAGUUCGUGUGGAGUUUGGGGUCUUCGGUCCUCCGUGCUCUCUACUCGCUAGUGUUUUCCACCCUACUCCAGACCCCGCUAUGGCGGACGAAGAUCUGGAAGCCCUGCGAAAGCAGAGGCUGGCCGAACUGCAGGCGAAGCACGGGGACUCUUCUGGUGACCCAGCACAACAGGAGGCAAAACACAGGGAAGCAGAGAUGAGAAACAAUAUUCUAGCUCAAGUUCUGGAUCAGUCAGCACGGGCCAGGUUAAGUAAUUUAGCACUUGUAAAACCAGAAAAGGCUAAAGCAGUAGAGAACUACCUCAUACAGAUGGCAAGAUAUGGGCAGCUGAGUGGGAAGGUAACAGAGCAAGGAUUGAUAGAAAUUCUUGAAAAAGUAAGCCAGCAAACAGAAAAGAAAAUAACAGUUAAGUUCAACAGAAGAAAAGUAAUGGAUUCUGAUGAAGAUGAUUAUUGAAAUCUAAUGUUUAAAGACUCAAACUUGAAAAAUUUCUAGGAAAAGAUAAUACUUGGCAGAAGUGAAGAUCUGAUUAAAUGGUAAACUUUGCUUUCUGUAUACAUUUUGAGAAAGAGGGGCAAAUAAAAAGGACUUGUUUAUGUAAAAUAAAA